AUGCGUCUCGCUGACCAAAAGAGAUACGAGGCAAGAUUGCUGUACGAAAAGUCUAAGGUCUGCCUCGUGGUUCAUGUGUGGGGUAAAGAGAUACUGCGCAAGACAUCGUCGACCUUACCGGCCGACUCGAGCAACGGUUCCACCCCCGACAACCUCACCUCGACCGGGUCCCACGGCUCACGAUGCCGGCCCGCGGGUAUCGGUCGUGGACUCUGGAGAGGUGAACUAUGUGGAUCAAAAACCAUUGAGCCGGUCAAGCCGUUUCCCGCAAACGGCUACAAACUUUCAUAUCGGAUUUCAAAAGUUCUUGUUGAGGUUGUCGUAGUGGUGAUGGUUGUGGUGGCCCUCCCUCCGUUUGCGCAAUCAAGCCCACAUUCGCACUCAAAGGACAAGGCCGCUCUAAGUGAUCUAAUAAUCGUAGACUCAAAGGCCAAAAAGAACGACUCGAGCGACGAGAACUCCGCCGCCGGCCCGUCUAACAAGACCACCAAGUAUACUAAGUCUGCCAAGGACAAGAAGAAGGCCACCGGAAAGGCUACCCGGAAGCGAAAGGCCGUAGCUAGCAAGAAGGGAAAGUCUACUGCAAAUAACAACGCCGAGGCCUCUAAUAGAAAUUCGGCCAAUAGCAGCGGCCAGGACACUCCGCCCCCGAAGAGGUUGAAUACCGGCAAGGCCAAGGAUAUGAUGGCUCGCGACAAAGAUGCCGGACGCAGUAGAACCAGGAACGCCUGGGUCCCGUCUACGCACAUUACCGAGAAUCCGGCGAGAGAAGAAGGUUCCCAAGAACGCAAUUGGGCACGUGGGCUUUCCAACAUCGAAUUACCAGGAGCCAGAUAUGAGGCUCUCGGAUGCGCUGAGUGGAAAACUACAAUGUCACCACCCACUUGCGGCUAUCGUUUCAGAGAACAAAAACCAAGUGCACAAGUGUGGAAACACAGCGAUAGCCUGACAAACGGCUGUAAUCGCAAAAAAAAAAAAAAAAAAGAAUGA